AUGGAAAAGCUGACAUUAUCUUUUCGUGUUCGUCGUCAAAAUUCAUUUAUUGAUGGUAUUUAUCUAACUAAUGGAAUUUUCAAUUACAUGCCGCAUCUACAUACAUUUAUAUUCGACAUCGCCAGCGAGAAUACAAUGAUUAAUGUAUAUCCUAAACCGUCUUCUGAUAAUAUUCGACGUACGUUCAUCGAACGUGGACAUCAUGCUGAUUGCUAUAUUGACUAUUAUACAGAUGAAAUGAGUCGAUGCCAUGUUUAUUCACUGCCAUUCACUAUGGAACGUAUACAUUACAUUACAUCCAGAUUUUCCGGUGGUAUGUUACAGUGUAUUCAAAAUCAAAUAAUUUUAUUAAAAUAUUUCUUCGCAUAUUGA